AUGGCUUCCAACGGCGCUUCUCCGAAAAAUGUUGAUCCUACGGAGAACAGCUUAGAUAAGAUCAAGCGGCAACUGGCAUCUGGCUCCGGUCGGAACUUGCUACAGGGACCUCUUUUCAAGCGGUCUGAAACUCUGAGAAAAUGGAACGAAAGAUGGGUGAUACUUGAUCCAACAACAGGGAAAAUGGAGUACAAGACAAGACGAAACGAACCAACGAUCAAGGGAACAAUUCUGUUUGACGAUAACAGCACAAUCUCCAUCUCUCCUGUCAACUUCCAGGGGCUUCCGAAAUAUAAUGGUUGCUGUAUCUAUAUUGGUACCCCACAGAAGAAAGAUUACUUUUUGUGUGCAGAGACUCCUGCUGCAGCUAGAGCUUGGGUUGCAACUUUACAUGCGACACAGCUGGUUCUAAAGGCACAUAAAGAAGCUGUUGAUUCUCUAAGCGGAAGUGGUUCUUCAACACUUGGUACGGUUGCAACCGUUGUUGCCGCUGCCAAUUCAACAGCAUUGGAAAGUUCCAAAGAGAUUCAAGCAGCAAUGCAGGUCUCUCUGAGGAAUGCAUUGAAAAUUACAGCAAAUAAACCGGUCGAUGAACCACUAGAUGACUUGACGAUAAUGAAGGAAACUCUGCGUGUCAAAGAUGACGAACUACGGAAUCUGGCGCGAGAACUUCGUUCUCGUGACUCAACGAUAAAGGAGAUAGCAGAUAAGCUAACUGAGACGGCUGAAGCAGCUGUAGCUGCAGCAUCUGCAGCUCAUACAAUGGACGAACAAAGGAAAAUCGUUUGUUUGGAAUUUGAGCGCUUAUCUAAAGACACAGAGAGACAGCAAGAAGCGGCUAUAUCGAAGCUUAAGGAAUUGGAUGAGAAGACAUCUACUUUGAGUAAGGAAAAAGAUCAGCUGGUGAAGGAAAGAGACUCUGCUCUUCAAGAGGCGCAUAUGUGGCGAUCUGAGCUUGCAAAAGCCAGAGAGCGUGCCGUGAUACUUGAAGGAGCUGUUGUGCGAGCCGAAGAGAAAGCGAGGGUUGCAGAAGCAAGUGGUGAAGCAAAAGCAAAGGAAGCUUCUCAGAGAGAGGCAACUGCUUGGACAGAGAAGCAAGAGCUUUUAGCUUAUGUGAAUAUGUUACAAUCCCAGCUUCAAAGGCAGCAACUAGAGACGAAGCAAGUGUUUGAAGAGAAGACAGAAUCGACUAACGGCGACACAUCUCUUCCAAUGACAAAAGAAACAGAAAAGGAUGUGGAUAAAGCAUGCCUGAGCGUUUCAAGGACAGCCUCUGUUCCGGGAGAGAAUGUAGUCCAUAUGAGUGAAGAUCAGGUGGUAAAUGCUCAGCCUCCGGUGGGAGAGAACGAAUGGAAUGAUAUUCAGGCAACAGAGGCAAGAGUUUCUGAUGUAAGAGAAAUACCAACAGAGACUGAACGGGACAGAAGUAACAGCUUGGAUAUCACGAUAGUAACUCCUGAUGAAUCUAAUGUUCCACGCAAUGAUCUGCCUCCAGAAUCUUUCCAUCAUCAGCCUUGA